AUGUUUUCACCAGAGGAACUUCAAGCAGAAGUUUGCCAUGUAUUAACGAAUCUAAAUGAAAUAACAGCCGAAAUAACUGAUCAGGAGAGCGCCAUUGUAUCAGUUAAAGACGAACACGUAGAAAAAAGAAAACAAGUUGAGGAAGCAGUCCAAGAAGCUAAGAUCCUCAAUGAGGAAAAGGAGCGAUUGAAGGCGGAGAAUGUUCGUCUGACAGCGAAACGAAUACAGCUGACUCGGCAAUGCAAAGAUGCGCAAGCGCGACUCAACCGUGCCCUUGAGAGCCGAAAACAGCUGCUUCGUCGACAGAAAGCGGAGGAAAAUGCUAUUGAGACCGAGGUGCGAAGAUAUGAAGAUACUUUAAGAGAAAUAGCCGAUCGAUUCAGACAAAAUCGUCCAUUUGCUAAUAAAGAAGCGAUAAAAAGGGAAACGGAAAAUAUGAAAUCCCAAUUGCAAAGACUGGACGUCGAACUAGCGACACGGAGGCGAGAAGUCGAAGAAUUGCGGCGCCAGUACGACGAAAUACAGCCGUCUGUGCCGCAAGACAUUCUCCAAAUUCUGGGCAAAUCAAAGUUGGAGGAAAAAAUCGAAGAGCUUUCGAUAGAUAUACAACGUCUCACCGACAAGAGAGACCACCUUCGGAACAAUAGCAACGUUCUCGUCUAA